UUGGCUGAUUGAUACAUCAUGACGACGUGGGGCAAGAACAAAUCGUACGCAAUACGGUUGAGAGGCGUAAGCUUAAGAGAAGAUCAAAAUAACGUAUUCUAAUUCAGGCUUUAUUUGUUUCUCUUAUAAAUACCUAUCAUUGGAGAAUCUGAUUGACUACAACUAACUAAAAACGCAAUCGACUCGAUAUUUAUUCGUUAUUUUCUUUGCAAAUUAGUACCAGAGGUCGCUCUCCAUCAUCCAUCCUACGAGCAUGAUUGUGUAACUUCAUUCAGCUUUCCAGUCCUAAAUAAUGGCGCCGUCUGAGAAAUACCCAUACUACAAGAUUCAUGAUAAAGAAAAUGGCUCGAACGGGAGCUUCAAGGUGUACACUAUCCUGAUUGACUCGGACGACGGGCGGGCGUACGAGAAGCUCUCAACCGACUCGGAGCGCUUGGACUAUAUGCGCAAGCAUGCGCAUGAUAGCUGGGAUGUCGUUCGAACGGACGCCGCUUUCUAUGAGGAUUGCGAGCUCGGGAAGAGAUAUACCAUCAAGAAAGACUCGCCCGAAUACGAAGGAUUACAGAAGAUGAUGCGAAAGGACGGAGAAUGCCAUCAUGAAGGGACGAAGGAGUUCCAUGAUAUGCUACAGUAUUAUAAAGAUCAUGCUACUACGGUGGAAGACAUACCUGCGGGAUCCCACUGCUAGAUAUCAAAAGACAGGGGGAGAUUUAGAGUUACAAUCACUACCUAUGUACUUAUCAAUUGUCAUCGUCGAACUUAACCUUACGAACUCUGCUUAUUGUUGAAGGCCGUUCGCUUGAUAAGUCGGAUAGAAGAGUUAUGGAAACGAUAAUAUCGUCCCUCAAUGAAAUAAUUUCAAAUAGUCCGUUAGGCAUCAAGAUGUUCUUCUAGCGACAUACGGACAUAUCAAAUCUCUAAAUAUUGC